GGCGGAGGUAGACUAGGAUACCAAUGCUGUACCCUCGCGUAUUAAGGAAACGUUGGGUUUUAGCAGUGAUUUUCAUUUGUUCUCUUUUAUAUUUUUUGUCGGCAACAUUAUCAAAGGUAAAUUGUCCAUAAUAAUGUGUUUUAAAACGUUUCAAAGGCUUAUUUACUUUAGACUUCUGGAGUGUCGGUCAUACUCUCAGCUCUGCUCUUACUCUUACAAUCUUACAAUAAGUUACAUUACUCACUACUCUCUCUUGUCUGACACUUCUUACUCAUGCUUUGCCUUACUUACUUAGUUGUUUUUAUCCCAUUCUAUGAAUACUAUGAUUGAUUCCAUACUCUCUACACAUCUGAUUUAGAAGUUUAAUGUUAUAAUCUUUAAUAAUAUUAAUGUUAACAGCCUUAACUGUGAUUGACUUUAACUUUAAGGAGAGGAUGUUAAUAAGAUAAUUUAGUCCUAAACUUUGUGUUGCUACAGUUUCAAUAUAUAAUAUAAUUCUGUGGCCUAUGCCUAUCAUUAUCAUGUACUAUCAUGGCCUAUGUUUAAAUUUAACUAUAUACAAAAAAUAUAUAUAUUGCAAGUAUUACUAUGUAUUGUUAUUGUUAUCACUAAUAAUCACUAAUAUUACUAUUAGACUUAACUUAGUCUAAUGAAAAGCGACUUUUUUUUGUUAUUAUUAAUAAAUUAAUUGUUGAAUAGUUGUAAAACUUAUUUGUACAUUGACAUUAGUUUUAAUUUAUAGGAAGUGACUAGGUGGGGCAAGAUGAGCCCUCAUAAAAAAUAUAUGCAUGCCUAUAUUAUUAAUUGCGGCUUUGCAGGACUCAAUUUGUUAUUGUGGCAAUAUGCAUGCACUAUACAAUCGACCCUUCCUUUUCCACCCCAUUUUGAUAUGAACAUAUCUUAAUUGUUGUCAUCGGAUUACAAACUAUAGCUAUCAAAAUAUUCAUAAAUGUCUGCUGUUGCGCAGUACCAGUAUUGUAUUAUUUUUAAAAAUAACCUCUGAGACUUCAUGGUGUUGUCCUCUCUCUUUUUCUUUGGUGUUCUUGCAUACUAAUUAUCUGAGUGAUUGCCACAAUAAAGUCGCUAUGCUCUUUAUUUAUCUCAAUUUCGCCCUUGACACUAAUUUUUGUUUAUUGGCUGUAAAAUCAUAAUUAUCCAUCUCCACCUAAUAAUAAUAUUGUCAAUUUCAAUGGAAACUGAGUGAAUAACGGAAGUUCAUUGGAUGAUAUUUUUUACCAAAUAUCAUUGAAUUAGUAGGAUAUUCACUCAACCUCUGCACUCUGUUAAUUAUUGUAAUGUGUAAUGAUGAAACAAUUAUUUAUUUCACUGAAUAAAAUGCACAUUUUCAAAUUCGUAGCUCAAAAACUGCUAAAGAAGGUCGAUGUUUGAUUAAUUUUGUUCUAUAAAAUAUAUAAUAUUUAAAAUUAAUAAAUAUUUAUUUUUGUCGAAACUGAUAAGGCUACAUUCAAUGCUUCAUCCCGAAUAUGUGUGGAAGGAAGCACUGGCAAAGUAGCCAUAGCAAGUUAUGCUUAGGAUGCUUUGCACUUUACCCAUGGUGUAAUAUGCUUAGGGCGCGUCUAACCCAUAUAUUUAAUAUCUUAAAACUUGACUUGGGCCUUCUCACACUUCUUACAGUUAAAAUAUUGUGACGAGACUUAGCUGGUAGAUAUUAAUAUUAACCUUAUUAAGGCAUUCAUCAAGGCGUCUGCUAUGUCUGUUAAUAUGUCUAAAAGGAUGCUUUUGGUCAUCAGUGGGAUCACAAAUUCACAUAAAUAAUUAAGACACAUGCCUUUUUCUAAUUCAUAAAUAGCAUAGUUAAUCAUUAUGGCAGUUAAAUUUUAUAUAUUUUUUGUUUCUGUUACAUUAUGGUUAUAAAGAUUAAUUAUGUGUUAAUAUUUGGCUCAUAGAAGAAACAAUAUGUAACAAAAGACUGAUCUAACAAAGUGCAAAUAAAAACGAUAACAAAGCUAGUGAUACUAAAAAAAAUUUUAGUUAUAUAAAUAAAUUUUUAUGGCAAUACAAAUGUGAGUGCAGAAGCAAAAAGUGUAUCAACUUACACCAAGUGGGAAAAUAAUAAUAUACAAUCCUGGAGAAAGAAAUAUUAAUUCUGCACACAAAAAUAAAAAAAAAUGUCUUAUAUGUCCAUCUCUCAGUAAGUCUUAGUAAGUCUAAGCCUCCGAAAGUCUAUCUGCUAAGAAACUCAGCAGGCUUCAUAUAUUAAUUAAAUCUGAACAUGCUAGUACUACUACAGAAAAUCUAUAAAUUGCAGCACCUAUUGACAUUCUUGAGAAAAAAUUAGAAUGCUUUCGCAUGUAAACAACUUUUUCGCCAGGCAGGACAGGGGCGGGCAACACAGCUACACAAUGAUGUUGAUUUUUCAAGGCCAUCACUAGGAGACAAGCUGUGGAGGCUAAAAAUGACGAUGUGUAGUUUAAAAAUAAGCCAAGGCCUAUGCUGUACUAUACUCGUACUUAUAUAACUCAUUCUGCUUAAUCAAUUACUGCAUAUUUAAUAUUAGACUUACUAUUUGAAAAUUCACAGUUGACCUACUGUCAAGACAGGCUUUAUUUUACUGUAUUUUGCUGAGCUCUAAAUACUACUAACAGGCCUUAAAUAAAACAAAUUACAAACUAGUAGGCUAAAUAAUAAAAUGUAGGUCAAUUAUGUUUCAACUUUACUGAGAUUUCAUGCCAAACUGGCAUUGGGCACAAUUUUGUUGCCUAAACAUGAUGAUAUGUUACAAGAAGUGGUGACAAUCUGUGGUUGUCCCCUCUCCUCAUGUUGUCAUCAAUCAUGUAGUUUGAAAACACACAAAAAGAGAGAAGAUUCCUCCUUAAGGUUCCAUAAGAAUGGAUCAAAUAUUGGCCUAUUCAGGCCUAAUCAUAUAAGUAGGGCCUAUUUUCACUAUUGUUAGUCUACAGUAAGUCUACUAAGACUCUCCUACAAUUAAAUUAUCACAUUUAAAUAAAAUUAUCAAAGUACAAAAGCAAUACUCUAUCUCUAUCGGUCGGCAGUCAAACAUAGUGGACAGCAACCAGCAAGGUAGAUAUAAAGCCCUGGUUUAAAAAAUGAAAAUUGAUAGGAAUGUAAAAAAAAUUGGUUUUGUGGUUUACAUUGUCAUUAUAAUUAUAAACUGAAACUGUAAUUUGUGUAGUAAUUAUUAUAAUCCUCUUAUGGAUUUUGACUUUGUUGGUGAUGCCUGUUGAGAAUCAUUAGCAGACCUAAUCUAAAAAAUUAUGGUAGACUGAUUCUUAAUAGUGAAAUCUCUAAAUGAAACUUGAAAAAUUUGUUGCCAAGCUCUAUACAUCAACAAAAACAUUAAGACUAUUUAAGUAGAGAUUAGUGCUUCCCAAAGUGGGAAACCAUUAUUUGUUUCUUUUAGGUAAGGUGUUGUAGAAAGGGGAUCGUUCAGUCCUCUGAUUACAUUUUCACUAUUCCCUCUAUGGUUUCUGUCCUCUGAUUACAUUUUCACUAUUCCCUAUUUGGUUUCAGUCCUCUGAUUAUAUUCUCACUGAGUAUGAGUCCAAGAGAACCCUGAGGCAGCCUUUUCAAUGGCAGCCAACUGAAGAUUCCAACGAUACCGAUGUGAUUAAGUGUAGAAACUCUAGGCAAGGUCGCUGGCUCAUUGUGGACCACAAAGGUAAAUAUUAAAUUAUUAAAUUUGGUUGAUUGCAUGAAUCUUUUGUAGAGUGCUAGGAAAGUAAAUAAUGCAAUUAACUUAAGGAUGCAGGGCCAAAUGGAAAAAAAAACAAACUACUACCUCCAGCAACAAAGCCUGAAUCUGGCACCAACCUCAUUGGGAUAUUUAAAGUCUGAAACCUAAAUAUGUUUUUUUGAUUAUUGUAUCAACAGCCUCUAAGCCAGUGCUUUCAAAACUUUUCAUCAUUUCGUAACAAAGUAAUUCAGUUUUAAGAUAUAUGCAUCCUUCCUUAUUACUUCAACCUGAACACAGUACUUGCUGUAUUUAUUUUAAUUCAGUUUUUCUAAAAUAAACUAACCCAUAUUAAGACAUACAGACACAAACAUAAAGUGUAAUAAUGAAAUUUAUGAUGACACCACACGAAAACCUGCCAUUUAUAUAUUUUUUUAAUGCAUGUUUUAAAUAUAUAUAUAUAUAUAUAUAUGUAUAUACAUACAUUUACAAGAAUUAUGUGAUUGUUAUUUAUAAAUUCUAAGAGGAAAAUAUGUGUGAGAGUGUAAGAACCCAGAUUCUGUCCUAAUGAAUAAAUCCUAAACAAAUCAGUUAAUAGCUCUUAGUCAAUGACAUCUGUGGAUUUCACUUAUUACGAUACAAAUAACUUUUUAUUAUCUUGAUAAAUAUCCUUCAUUGCAUGUUGUCAGACAUGUUUUGAAUAGCCUAUGUAUUCCAAUUGUGAUAUCUGCAAAAGAGAUUUUAAUGAUUCUUAUCUCAAAUUCUGGUCAAAAUAUUGUUCGACUAAUAACACAGUAAGAUCCUUCAAGGGCUUUUCGUCAAGAGUGUGUGGAUCCUUCUUUUUAGAAAUAUUUUGACCAACAAAGUAACUUGCCCAUUGAGCUUUCUAAGAAGCCUUCAUUCUUUUGCUAAAUUUUGCAAGCUGUUAUUUAAUUGAUUUUAAAAGCUCGGUGAAGUAUUCUAUGAAUUUUUUGUAGCAAAUGACUGUGUUUGGAGUUAAAACGAUGGCUUACUUUUUUAGAUGCCAUACUUUUAUUUGGAGGUUUAUCUCCACAAACAAAACACUGGGACGAGAAUUGUUUUCUCUAACAGAUAAACACGUCAUCUUCACCAGCUUUUUCUUUAUUGGAACUUAUCCAUUCUACAGAAUCAAAUUAUACAAUUUUAAUCCUACAAAAACAUGGACAUUUUUUACUAAGUAAAUUAAUUAAAAACUUUGAAUAUUUAAAGAUCAAACUCUUUGCAAAAGAAAUAUAUCAGAAUAAUUAUGAAUUGCACUCCUAGAGAAGCCGUGGGAAAAGAUGUAUGAUGCCAAAUAAAAAUUUAAGAUAUUUCCAAACCACAGAAGAGAAAAGACUACAGAAAAAAAGGGAAAGCAAUUUUUAAAUUGUGCAGAACAAUGUCCUUUUUACAACUAGACGUCUAAAUGAAUUUGGAAAAAAAUUUUGACUGGCAACUCAUAAUACAGUAUCAUCAUGUGAUCCAUAUGUCUGAUCUACUACUUUAAUGUCUAAAAAAUGCCUGAAUGUCUUACAGCAUAUUUCCUACACCCUGCAGGGGAUACACUCCUGUGUCCCGAUACACAGUUUGGAAAGCACCUGUGUAUGCAAUGGUUCACAUGUGCCAGGGUGCAGAACCUGUAACUUUUUUAUGUAACAGGUUGCAACCUGGCGAAAAAUGUCAGUUAAUAAAUAGAGUUUUUAAAUGUGCACCAUUAGCAAAACCUUGGAAAAACUUGGCUCUUUUAAAUACUUUGGGUUAAUACCAAAGUAUUCCAAUGAAUUAUAUAAGAAUGCAUAAAUAAUUGAUAGCUUCCAAUUAAAAAGAAAUGUAUAAAUCAAUUUCAUUUCUAGAGCACUUUUUCUCAUUCCCCUUGUCUUUGUUAAUGGAAGGUUAUGUCUGCAAGCGAGAACAUGUAGGUAUCAACAAUUGCUGCAAUCCCAAACAAUCAUCCACCAAGCACUUCUCCUGCGAUACUUGUUUGUCCAACGGCUGUUGUAGUGUCUACGAACAUUGUGUAUCCUGCUGUCUCCAGCCAAAAAAUGUAAGAUUCUGUCAAUUUUUGCGAUGUGAUUCUCUCUGUGAAUUAAUUAUGUAAAGCAUGUCAAUGAACUCUUUCACCCAAAAUCCUAAAAAUGUCCUGUCUAGAUUGCCAUAAUCUAUUCAUGUUCUUUCAGUAAAUUAAAUCGGUAUUUAAUAUAGUUUGGAAAAUUUCACCAAUAAUAUCUAUAUCAACUGCUCUCCUAUAAUGAGCUUGGGUUUCUUUAUCUCAGCAAAACUUAGUGAGCAAGAUACUCAAAGAAAACCAAGAGGCUCCACACAAUUUGUUCAUCAGGGAAGUAGAGAAUUUGUUUGACUUGUGUUUGGCUAAGUGUAGAACAUCCUCCCAGGUAAGUUCUUUCUGUUUCUAGAUCUAUAAUACAUUUCUCAUACACCUCAUUCCACUUAGAAUAUCUAUACUAAAAAUCUUAAUGUUUGAUUGUGUGUCUCAGUUGCAAUAACUCAUAAACGUCUAGCAUUCUGUAAUUUUUAAAGAGUGUUUUGUGGUUCAGAUCUGCUCAACUAUUUCCGUCCCACAAUUUCAUUUCAAUUAAAAGAUUUUUAAAUGGACAACUCUUCCCCCAGAGCUGUAGAUGCAAGGUGUGGUUUCACACACAUGCACAGCUGCACAAGUAUUACAGGGUUCACAGUCUUUAAAGGUUUUGAGAAAAUACAAAGAAAUUUCCAGGUCCCAGAAAGUUUGGGAAAAUUGGCAAAAACGUCACAGUCUUUGAAAGUUUGAGAAAAAUUAUUUUCCGUACUUAGAUGGAACAAAAAAUAAAGCGGGGAAAAAAUAUCAUGUUUUCAUUUGACUGACAUGCGCAGUCCACAUUUCUUACUGACCCUUAACACUGCAAGAAAUAAAUUUUUUGAUUGGUCAGUAGAUUUCUUAAGUCAGUCAAAUUAAACUUUACAAGUGCGGGAUCUUUAGUAACUUCAUCUGUUUUGACUGGUUACCGGAAAUUUGAUCGAAAGAAAUUUCGUCAACGGAAAAUUGAUAGACAGAAAUUUGAUUGAACAGAAAUUUGGUUGAAUCUUUUUUUCAGUUCACACAUUAAAAUUUUCGUCAAAUUUCUUUUUGAACGCACUAUACUAUAUUAUAUAGUAAAAAAAAAAAAGAAUGCGUUCAAACACAAACUUUUGAGAAUCUAUCAAUUGUUCAUGUCAAUUUACAGUCAUUUUUUAAAAAAGGAUUUUUUCCCCCCUUUUUCUAAUGGUCUGAUGAGGCGGGUAGGUUGAUAGAACAUAGAUUUAUUUUUGUGUUUUGAUCUCAUCUUUUAACUUUUUUCUCCCAUCAUUUUAUGUUGGUAGAGCGUGCAGCAUGAGAACUCGUACCGUGAUGCCAGUGUAAAGUAUUGCUAUGGAGACAGACCUCCAGAUUUACAAGUGAUUACUGGCUGAACUGUGGACUUGAUGGGAUAACUUCAGCUUCCCAUUACAACAAGCCUAUCUGUGAUAUUCAUCAACUUCAUUGCUGUAAAUUACCAUCAUCAUAUCGAGUGUGUUUUCAACACUGUGACUGCCUCAUAGUGACUAUGUUACCCUCAUCAUGACUGUGUUUACAUGGACUAAUAACAUCAAGGUUCCUGUGUUAUACUGAAAGUGACUGUGGUAUUCUCAAAGUAACCCAUGCCUCAUUGUGACUGUGUUUUCAUGGAGUAUAUUUGAUUGUCUCAUUUAACUUAGUUAUAAAGUGUUCCUGGACAUGAUGUAAAUAGAUUCUACAAUAAUCAGAAGCUGUCUUUAGUGUUUACAUCUUUCAAGAUUGUCUGUGGGCUCAAGUCGUAAUGUGCAACUUAAGCUGUUAGCAUUGGCAGUGAAUUCAUUCAUGUUCUUUAUAUUUUUCAAAUUCUUCUUGAGCACUUUCUUUGUUUGACGCAAAUUAUUUGUGAUUUUCUUAUGUGUGGGCCCAUCAAAAUUACAAGAAACUUUUUGCUUGUUAGUGGAUUUAUAUUGAGCGUUUUUGUGGGAUCCUGUAGCUAGAGUUGAUGUUAUUUAAAUUGUGCUAGAAAGAUGAAGAAAGCAACUGUUUCUAACAAAGCCAACAUCGCUGCUGCAGCUGGUCAGCCCACUGACCAAAGACCUUUUAACCAGCUGUGGAUCAACUCAUGCUACCAGCAAACACUCUUGCCCAAUGCACCAUGGCAUAAGGUCAGUUGAUUUGGUGGCAUUAAUUGUCUCAUAAAUUAUUGUAUAAAAACUUCAUCUGUCUCCUAUUCCGAGGGAAUAUUUUUUGGUAAAAAAUCUUAAUUCUUUCUCAUAUAAGAAAUGCAUGUCAACUAAAUCUCAAUUUUGAUAAAUAAAUUUCAAAUAAAUUAUUGUCUGACCUGGCCAGAGGGAUUACUCUUUAUUUUCUCUAAAAAGUUGCACAAAACCAAAUAAUUAAAACUUAGUCUUAAAGCGAUCCUUCAAUUAAAUUGUCUGUCAAGCCAGCUGCUUUUUAAAAAUGUAUCUUGCUUGAGACUGGAGAGCUUAUUAAUAAAUUGGACUUUGUGACAAGCCAGCUAAUGUUUGAAAGUGUCUUUGAUAUUGUUGACAGCUGGAAGAAGAAAUCUCCCACAGCCUGGCCCAGAAAGUAGAAAAACAGUUUAGCCAGCCUCAAAGGAAGGAAAUGUUGAUGGAAGUAUUGGGAAGACACUUUGUGGAGAAAUAUCUCUCUCAUGUUCAGCGCAACCCUGAAAUUCUGGUAAGUAAAAGAAAUAUUUUAUUUAAUUAGAUCAUUGUGAUCAAGAACUCUUCAGUACAAGAGCCUUCAAUAUGUCAGAAAAUGUUCCAAUAUUUUUUUUACUGUACAGGAGCCUUCUCAUAUGUCAGCAAAUGAUAAGAAUCGACUACGCAUAGAUGCACAGAAUUGGCUCAACAGUCAAAUGUACAAAGCUGUUAAAGAAACUGGGCAUGGAUAUCUGCUUACGG